AUGAACGGCUACACCAAUGGCGCGCACGGCGUCGGCGCAGACGGAUGGGGAAGCGGCGACGGCGCUGGGGACUCCAGAGGCCCAGUUGGCCCAUUCCCACCCAUCGCCGAAAUCAUAGCCUCUGCGACAGACACGGCCGAGUCGCUAAAACACCAUUCGAUCAAACUCCUCCUUGAACGAGCCAGGGGGCACUUCAAUUCGGCCAAGAACAUGCUCAACAACCGCUCUCCCGCCGGCGCCUACUGGGAAUACAUUGUCGCAUACCAGAUCGUCGCCGAACUGAUACCCACCCACCGCGACUACUACGACAAGAUCAACGGCAGCCGAAGCCAGAUCCACCGCGACUUCAACGAGCUUAUGAAAGAGAUCAAGUCAAACGAAGAGCGGUUUGUGCGCAUAAAGGACAUUAUAAAGAACGACAACAAGAGGAACGGCGCACACCACAGGACGACCUCUACACCCCCCUCUACAACACAAAGCAACCGCAAUGGCAUGAUUGCGAUGCGGAAAGACGACGAGCUGAUGCUUCCUGAAGUCCCCACCGGGCUGCCAAACGGUCGAGCGUCACCUGCGGCCUCUCUGGAUUCUUCACGGAGAAAACCCCCCGUGCAACCGAAGCCGCAAUCGCUGCAUGGCCGGGCCGUGCACCAAAGCAUAUCGAAUGUUAACGGAGUGAAUGAUCUUGCUCAGCGGUUCGCGAAUCUUAGAGGGACCGGUCCGCUAGUUGAUACGUCGCCUCGCCCCAGCCAAGAUUUGUCUGUCAAGAUGCCCUCUCCUGCAGACUACCAUUCUACAAACCGGAUUAUGGGUCCGCGGGGUAUGCCUCCACCGCCUCUUCACAUGCCUCCGCCGCCGCCGAAGCUGCCUCUGGAUACACAAUUCGCCGCUUCGCUGCCGAAAGAGCCUAGUCCUACCUAUAGUCCAGCGAGGAACAUCUCAGGUCCAUCGAGCAUCAACGCACCUCGGAGUACACCCAGGAGCUUGAACGGAACCGGGGGUCGUACCAACUCACUCGCCGCGUCUAGUGCGUCAGCGUACGCACCGAAUGCGAAUAGUGCGCCCGACUCAUACUUUCCCGCGCAGACCCUCCGAGACGGCAAUGGAAGAACAAGGUCUGUCAGCAAGACAGUCGAACUUGAGAUCGAUGCUAGCAUGCUUUACGACUACUACCGCAUGUACAAUGUACUCACCAUCGACGUGCGAGACAGGACAGACUUCGACGCGGGACACAUCUUCGUGCGGAACAUCAUGUGCAUAGAGCCCUUGACCUUGCGCGAUGGCGACUCCGCCGAACAGCUUCUAGACCGUCUCAUCAUAUCCCCAGACGAGGAACAGGACAUGUUCGACAAGAGGGCCGACUUUGAUGUAGUCGUAUACUACGACGAGUCGACAAAGAACAUUGACUUCAUGCAUAGACACAACCGAUCUGAUAGCGAAAUUGCGUUGAAGCGGUUAUUUGACACCCUGCACGAGUUUAAUGCGGACAAACCGCUCAGACGUCCUCCGGUUCUUCUCAAAGGCGGUCUUGACGCUUGGAUGGACCUGGUGGGCCCACAGGCUUUGAAGACGUCGAACACUGCUGGACAAGUGGCUGCUGGUCCGACGCGGGCUCGGGCUAUCCGACGAUCGCCAGCUGCCAGCCAUAUCGCGAGGAACAAUACGCAAAGAAGAUCAAAACGUGAAUACGUUCCCAUGGACCAAGAAGAGCAGCAACAGUGGCUCGAGGAAGCUCGAAAAGGGCGCGCUGCAGUGGAAGUUCCCCCGGCAGAUGGUGAAGAGGAAGACGAACCUACGCAGGAUUUCUACCGUUCGACAGAAGAGUUCCUACGCCGAUACCCCGAUGUUGAAGCCGAGCAGUCAUCUAUGAUGUACCCGUCGAAGUUCCAGUCGACCAAUCAAUACGUCGCACCUGCCAUACCUGUUGCACCUUCUCGUCCGCCGCCUUCUGUUCCUAGGGUGAGCUACAGUGGCGUACACGAUCGGCAAGAACAGAAUCGCAAUGUCGUCUACAAUGGACAACCUCAAUUUAGUAACCUAAGGCUACAUAGGACGGGCCUGCUGAAUUUUGGCGUCACGUGCUACAUGAACUCGGUAGUGCAGUGUCUCAGUGGACAUCUAUUGCUUUCGGACCUGUUUCUUACUGGAAGAUAUCAGCGAGAUCUCCAGCGGGACAACUGGAAGGGAACAAAGGGGAUUUUACCAGAAGCGUACGCAACGCUGCUGUCCAAUCUAUACAAGGGCGAUGUCACGUCCGUGCGCCCAAGCACAUUCAGGCGCAUCUGCGGACACUUCAACUCGCAGUGGGGCAUUGAUGAACAGCAAGACGCCAAGGAGUUCCUGGAAUUCGUUCUAGACUACAUGCACGAGGACUUGAACCUCACCUGGAACAAACCGCCACUCAAGCCACUUUCAGACCAGGAAGAGCUGCAACGAGAGAGAUUUCCACGUCAGUAUUCAGCAAUGAUUGAAUGGCGGAGAUAUCAACAUCGGGAUAUGUCCGUCAUUGGUGGUCUAUUCGCUGGUCAGCACGCGUCGCAGCUUACAUGCCAGACAUGCGGCGUGACAAGUACAACAUACGAAGCCUUCUGGAGUAUCAGCGUCGAGAUUCCUCGAGACGGCGAAUGCGACCUGCGCCAUUGUCUCAACUCAUACUGCGCACCAGAGCGUCUAGCAGGCGACGAACUAUGGCGCUGCCCUCGAUGCAAGAAAGAUCGCGAGGCUGUAAAGAAGAUCACCAUCACCCGCGCCCCCGACACACUCGUCAUCCACUUCAAACGCUUCAGCGCCUCGCGUACGGAAAGCGCACGGAAAGUCCGGACGCCUGUUAAUUUCCCGCUCCAACGCCUCGACAUGGGUCCCUUUGUCGAGCCACCCAUGACGCCAGAACAAGAACGAUAUGUGUCUGAAAAGGCCCGAGAUGGACCUGCGCAGCUUGCUGGUGUUAAGAGCGAUCCUACUAUGAAUGGGCCGUAUGUGUACAACGCCUACGCCGUUAUUUGGCAUAUCGGUGCUACGCUUGGAAGCGGACAUUACAUCGCGUUCGUCAAGGAUAAGUCUAGGGGUUGUUGGCGCAGUUUCAACGACGAUAAGAUUACGGACUUUGAUCCUGGGAAUCUUCCGCCGCACAACCGGCUGCAGAACGAGAAGGCGUAUAUUGUUUUCUAUGAGAGGGAGAGGGUUGCUGGUGACAAAGAGGAGGGCUAUGAGGUCGUCUGCUUCCUCGCCAACGUCGGCCAAGAAGAGCCCUGGGACGAGGUGGAGAAGAAAGCGCUCAAGAUUGGCGCGAAGAAGAUGGUCAUCCUAGACCUGCAGAAGGAAUUCGUCGAGGAGCUCUGCUUCCGCGCCGUCCAGUGCAACGCCUCGUACGAAGGCCGCUACCUCCUCGGCACCUCGCUGGCCCGCCCCGUCAUCGCCCGCGCACAGAUCCGCGUCGCGCAACAAGAAGGCUGUGGGUUCGUCUCGCACGGCUGCACAGGCAAGGGCAACGACCAGGUCCGCUUCGAGCUGGCUUUCUACACACUUCAGCCUACUAUCAAGGUUAUUGCGCCGUGGAGGCUGCCGGAGUUCUGCGACCGCUUCAAGGGCAGGCAGGAUCUGCUGGACUAUGCGGAGCAGCAUGGUAUUCCUGUUACGUCUACCAAGGCGAAGCCCUGGUCCAUGGACGCCAACUUGGCUCACUGCAGUUACGAGGCCGGCAUCCUCGAGGACCCCGACGUGUCUCCCCCCGACGACAUGUGGACCAUGACCGACUCCCCGCUCAACGCCCCCAACGAACCCACCGACAUAACCGUCCACUUUGAAAAGGGCAUCCCCGUCAAACUCACCACCCCCACCAAGACCUACACCGACUCCGUCGAGCUCUUCACCGCGCUCAACAAGCUCGGCUUCACCCACGGCAUCGGCCGCAUCGACAUCGUCGAGAACCGUUUCAUCGGCCUCAAAUCCCGCGGCUGCUACGACUCGCCCGCCAUGACCAUCCUCCGCCUCGCCCAUCUCGACCUCGAGGGCCUCGUCAUGGACGCCCAGGUGCGCAACCUGCGCGACCAAUUCGUAUCCCACAACUGGAGCUACCAGCUCUACAACGGCAUGUACUUCUCGCCCGAACGCGAGUUCAUCGAGAACAGUCUGCUCUUCUCGCAGCGCAGGGUCAACGGCGAGGUUAGGAUGAAGCUGUACAAGGGUAACUCGUAUGUGCUGGGCCGGUCCAGUCAGACGGAGAAGCUGUACUCUGAGGAGGAGGCUAGUAUGGAUACGUUGGAUAACUUUAGUCCUAUGGAUACUACGGGCUUUAUUGCUAUUCAGAGCAUUCGUCUCAAGAAGUACGGGCUCCAGAAGGCGGAGGAGGGCGAGAACAUGUCGAGGGCUUAG